AUGCCGGGACGCGAAAAGAAACGACGCAUCGGCACCCGCACAAAUCCCCUAGGCGAAGACCUGCACGCCGACCGGUUUGCCAGCGCCAAGCGAGGAGCGGUGGAAAGCAAAGCGUCGGGAGCUUCAGAUGAUGUAGAUGUUGACUUGGAGGGUGGAAUUGUUCUGCCAGGGCGAGUGGCCAGUAAAAUUCUCAAAACCGCACGCCAGCAAAUCGAGGCAAUUGCUGCGGAGGAACAGGAAGACGGUGGUGGGCUUCACGGUGAAGAAAGUAGCGAUGGAGACGACUGCAACAACGACCCUACCAUAGUUAAUCUACAAAACGAGGAAGAUGGGGAGGACGCCGGCGCUAGGUUCUAUGAAAACGAAGAUGAGAGCGAAGAACCAAUUGUUAUUGAAUACGAUGAGGCGGAGUCGGUUGUGUCAGAAAUUCCGUCAGAGAUUGACAUGGGUGUUGACAUGUACGACAUUGACGAUGAGGAGGCACGGUUGCUACAGAAGUUUCAACCUCAAUCCCAUGUGCAAAGUCGUAACCUUGCUGACAUGAUUAUGGAGAAGAUAAAGGAACGCGAAGACGCCCGAAAGGUAGCCGCCUCUUCCCCUUCAGGUGACGGGUGUGAGGGAAUGGGUGAAACAGGAGAGAGUCGUGUCGACCCACGUGUUGCGCGUGUGUACACUGCUAUUGGUACUAUCCUGAAGAAUUACACCUCGGGGAAGGUGCCGAAGGCGUUCAAGGUGUUGCCGAACAUAAAGAAUUGGGAGCAGUUGCUCAUGUUAACGAAACCACACGAAUGGUCGCCUCACGCCACGUACCAGGCCACACGCAUAUUCGCUGCGAACCUUAACGAGCGCAUGGCACAGCGGUUUUACGCAGCUGUGCUCCUACCCGUUGUGCACGAGCACAUGUCUGCGGAGAAGAAGCUUCACCCGGCGCUGUACAUGGCAAUAAGGAAGGCGCUGUUUAAACCAGUGGCAUUUUAUAAGGGAUUUAUUCUCCCACUUGCAGCUGACGAUGAGUGUACGCUGAAGGAGGCCCUGGUCGUUGCCAGUGUGCUGCAGCGUAUGCAUUUGCCGCCAGUUCCCACAGCCGUGACUAUUGUCAAGUUGGCGCAACAGCCAUUCUCGGGUCCUCGCUCGGUUCUGCUGCGUGUACUGAUCGACAAGAAGAUGGCGAUGCCAUACCAAGCUAUUGACGCCCUUGUAGCAUACUUCCACCGCUUCAUACAAUCCCACAGUAAGGAGGAGAAAUUGCCAGUACUUUGGCACCAAACUCUGCUCUCAUUCUCACAACGAUAUAAGGGAGACUUUACCGCUGAGCAGGUCGCUCUGCUACUGCAGGUGUGCUCAAAGCAUUUCCACUACCUCAUAACACCUGAGGUUCGCCGAGAGCUGCAUGCAUCCCCAGUUAUGGCGAAAGGAGGGAACAGUUGA